UUUACAGAGCAAAUAAUUACUUUCUGGUGAUGACUUCACAAGGUCGGGGAGAUGCAUAUAAAUACUGGGGAGGGAGAAGGCUGAGAUCCAUCCACGGACUCUCCGGCUACCGACCCACACGGAACAGUCGCCACCACCACCAUGAAGAUGGCCAGCUGUACUGCCCUUCUGGGCCUGGUCCUCCUCGGCUGCCUCUCUGAUCUUGCUGUUGCUCAAAGACGGGCCUCCUGCGGCGCCUACAUGACGACUGGAAAAACCAUGAGCAUCGCCUGUCCCCGCAACUACGACCCCGUGUGCGGCACCAAUGGCCGCACCUACCCCAAUGAGUGCUCCCUCUGCAAGGAAUUCUUCCGCAACCGUGCUCUUGACAAGAAACACGAUGGAAGAUGCGUUAGGGUCGACUGUACUGGUUUCCUGAAGCCUGGCCGUGGUUACAACAUCCCCUGCACCAUGGAGUACUCCCCCAUCUGCGGCACCAACGGCAUCACCUACAGGAACAAGUGCCAGUUCUGUACUGCUGUGGCGAGCGGCCUGGAAGUGAACCUGCAGAGCUAUGGACAGUGCUUCCAGCAGCAACAAAACACCAACAUCGACUGCACCCAGCACAAGGGCAGCAACCUCAUGUGCACCUCCGAGUACAACCCCAUCUGCGCCUCCGACGGCAGAACUUACGGGAACAAGUGCCUGUUCUGCAACGCUGUCUCACGCAGCGCUGGAAAUCUGUUCUUCAGGUACCAGGGCACGUGCUAAGCGCUGGAGCUGGGCCCUUCAACACGGCACUUCCCUCACAAACUCUUCAAUCAAACUUGCUCUUCCUUGCUCCUUCAAUUGUUAUGCAUCAAUCUCUGCUUUGAUUGAUCAAUAAAU